AUGGUGAACGCAACCCACAUCCUUCCCGGGACAUCGAUAUCCCCGAACACGUGGGCGAAUGCCGACGAACGACAAGAGGAGGCUAGAAGAUCACAAGAGCGAUUACUUGAAUCUCUUCAAUAUGACCCAAACCUUGUUCCACGGGACGUGGCCACUCAAAUUCGUCUUGGCAGUAGACUGACUGGCAAACAAAAAGCCAAAGCAGCCACCCUCAUACGACACGAAAGUUUCAAGUUAUUCAUGACGAAUGCAACGUCGUCAAGCUGUCUUCUCGUCAAUGGAAGAGACGACACCGCUGCCGUUGACGGUAUCUCACCGCUCAGUCUUGUAGCUGCUCAAGCGACGCAAAGCUUCAUGGCUGCAGGGGAUACCUCGACACCGUUCUACGUCAUCAAUUGGUUUUGCGCGGAGCAUAAGCCAGCCCUCGUGGCAGGCAACAAUGCUAGAACGGAUCGCUGCCCCAGCAAAAUGAUGACGAGCCUCAUCGGUCAGCUUCUCGAAAAAAUGAUCGACAGUGGCGUAGAGGUCGACUUAUCAUUUAUCUACGAUUCCAAGUGGCGGCAUGUGGAGCAGCUCAAACCGACGACUCUGUGUUCGGUCUUUGCCAGACUAGUAGAGCAGCUUCCUCAAGGGAGUAUCUUAUUAUGUAUAGUUGAUGAAAUUGUCUUGUACGAGACGCGAGUUCUGGAGAGCGACACGAACGUAGUCAUGGGGAAGCUGGCAAGGUUGGCUGAGAAACUUUGCACCGGACCGCAAAUUUUCAAACUUCUCACAACUUGUCAGAAUAGAGCUUUGGGUAUGGCGCAACAUUUUGGCUACAGCAACAUCGUCGACUUGGGUGGCAGCACGGGCUCAGAUGAAUCAGCACAGUGGGCGAUAUCUAACAUGUCCAUGGCGUACUAG